CUGGACUUUUCUCCCAAAUUUGAAAUAUAAUUCCCACUUGAUUCAUGGGAUUUCAGAUCUAGAUAACACCAAAAAGCUUCCAGAAUUCCAUGUCCAACCCUGCACGUGCUUAUAUGCAUCACAUACUGAGCAAGUCUGAAUCACUAAAGACCAUCACCCAUCUUAUAAGAGAUUAGAAUAUUAACUUGGUCUUUUUAACUCACCAGAGGAGUAUAUCUUCAAGCUUUCUUCUGGAGUGACCAGAAAGGUAGAAAGCUUUUAUUCGUGUGGUUGAAUCCUUUUUCUAAUGGCUUAAAUGCAGAGAAAUUACUUAAAAACAUUUAUGUAAAGAAAUCUUGCUUAAAAAUUAUGGCACUAAGGUUACUUGAACACAGAUGAUUUAGCCAUAUAAAAAUUGAAACACGCUUAUUUUUACAUGAUUCCAGAGGAGAAGAAAGCUAUGCAGCAGGAAAUAGCUAAUCAGAAAGGAGUAUCCUGUCGUGCCCAGGGCUGGAAAGUCCACCUCUGUGCUGCCCAGUUACUACAGCUGACAAAUCUGGAACAUGAUAUUUUUGAAAGACUUAGCAACCUACAGGAAGGAAUUAUCCCAAAGAAAAAAGCUGCAAUUGAUGAUGAUCUGCACCGAAUAAAUGAACUAAUACAGGGAAACAUGCAGAGGUGCAAGCUUGUGAUGGAUCAGAUCAGUGAGGCCAGAGACUCCAUGCUUAAGGUUUUAGAUCAUAAAGAUCGUGUCCUGAAGCUUCUAAACAAGAACGGGACUGUGAAGAAGGUGUCAAAAUUAAAGCGAAAGGAAAAAGUCUAGACCAAGAAGAAUCAAGAGUUUGGAAACAGAAUUUAUGAAGAAUGAUGGUGGGGGUGGGGGGAGGGUUUUGGUUCUUUUCAAAGGAACAUUGAAAUAAAGGUAGUGUUCCUUCAUUUACACAUGAAAGCAGAGGGGGACCCGUGGCAUCCAGUGGCGCAAACGGAUCGCAGCUGACUCGACACAGCGAGCCCUGUUUUUCUUUAGGCACAUCCCUGUUACAUCUGCCCUGUGUCACAGUGACUCCUGAGGUGCAGUGACACAGAUGGCUCCCUGGCGUUUUUCAGCAUCAGUUUAUAGACUGUAUCUGGUGGAUUCCGGCAGGACCCACACGGCCUGGAUUGAAAGCAUCCACUCAGAGCAUCUGUUAUUUCUCUACACUGAAAAUAAAGCCUCUUCUCCUUGCCCCAGUCAGUUCUUCUUUCUGACCUUCAGAUGCCCUAGUUGGCCUUUUACAGUAGUGCCACAGCACCAAGAGAGGCUGCCACAUCACACACUAGAGUUUGAACUAUCAGUUCUUGUUGCUUUUUUAAAGAACCAUUUCCAAGUGAAGUUGUUACACCGUUUAUCCUGCGUUUGUCAGAAUUGGAUUUUUAUGGAGGUUCAGAGCAGGCAACACCAAAUAUUGCUCUGAGAUCCUGUUCUGAAGUACGUUCCUGGAUCUCUGUACUUCUGUAGCUGGUGUGAUGCUGUUAAUUGUACCACACAUCUCCAGACGUUAAUAAAGGACUCAAAGAGGUUUUGUACAUAA